AUGUCAUUUUUCUCUUCUAUUUUCAAUUCGGACUUUAUACUGAAACUUCCUGGAGUCAACUUCAAGAACUACAGGUACAGACUCAUAACAUGACAACUUCUUUAAUUUUGUAGCGUUAUUCUUUAUCGUCAGAUCAAACGGAUCCUCGGUUAUACUGCAUUGCCUAGUCCCUAGUCUCAAGGCCUCAUUAUCCCGCGCGGCCUGUGCGUUUCCGGUCACUUGGUUACGAGCGAGUUUAAUGAUCGAGAAAGCCUGGGAGGAAGAAGCCACACAGGAACUUGGUGCUUAGGUUAUUCAAGGCAGUUAGUAAAGGAACAGUGAACCACAUACUGGCUUCUGAGAAGAAUCUAGACUGCCAGCAUGAGAUGGAAUAUCACGUCAUAAGAUUAGUAGUAAUCCUUCACGAUUGUCCCGUCGGCAAGCGUGUUAGGAGCGAGCAGGCGAAUGAGGCGUCCGCUCUCCGCACACUUGUUUGCCUCUCGUUUCGCUCGCUCUCCAUUCCUUCCAGGCCCGGAUUUAUGACUGUAAAGGAACUGUUCACAGUCAAUCAUGGGUCAAAAUAUAAACGCUUUUAUUCCAAUAGUUUACUGGGGUUGUGGUAAAGCGGUUUUGCCUUGUAACGUACUUAAAGGUUUUUCCUAUCAUGAUAAAGUUAAACUAAAUACUCUCUAACAGCUACGUAACAACGCUUCUUAUUGUGAUUCCGUAAAUAAGGCCCCGUCCACUCGUAUCCGGAUAUUUUUGUUGAAAACGGAGAUUUUUUCUCCGUUUUCAAAAUUAUACGCAGAUCCACACGUAUUCACGGUCAACCUUGUUCCCAGGGCGCUUUUCCCUGGCUUUGGAGCCAGGGAAAAGCGCCCUGGGGACGUGGUUGACGUAUUGUAUUCCAGUCAUUUUCGCUUGUCCAUAGGAAAACGCUAAAACCAUGGAAAUUUGAUAGCAUCCCUUACAGAGCAUGCGUAAUGCUUGUAGUAUCUGAUAUAUGACUUUAGCAAGCUUAAGCAACGACGACGGCGACGUUAACAGCAAAGGUUUCAAUAGCAACUCUCCUGAAGCAUCCUGGUAGCCGUAGACAUCAUCGUUGUGGCGCUAGAGAUAACUGACCGUUCGUUAACUUCUGCCUUCUUUUCAGAUUUAUUAUGAAAAACGUGACAAACAUUCAAGAGUUGUGUCAGUUGUCAGAGGAGAAACUAGUGUGUAUCUUGGGAAACACCGCAAGUGCGAAGCAACUGUGGGAGUUUAUCCACACUGACGACAGGAAACAAACAAAGACUCAGCAGGUUUCAGUUAAUAACAAACGAUAA